CUCUGCUUGGGGCUCUGGGCACACCCGGACGCUGCUUUGCCCCCGCCCCGACGCUGGGACAUGGGUCUCCGUCCUGUCUCGACCCCCAGCGAGCCGGCCUGGUCUGCGGCUUGAUUGUUGGCCCAGGUUGUCAAGAUGGGCCAGUGCUACUAUAAUGAGACCAUCGGCUUUUUCUACAAUAACAGUGGCAAGGAGCUCAGCCCUCACUGGCGCCCCAAGGACGUGGUGGUGGUGGCCCUGGGGCUGACAGUCAGUGUACUGGUGUUGCUGACCAACCUGCUAGUUAUUGCGGCCAUCGCAUCCAACCGCCGCUUCCACCAGCCCAUCUACUACCUGCUCGGCAACCUGGCAGCGGCUGACCUCUUUGCCGGUGUGGCCUACCUGUUCCUCAUGUUCCACACCGGCCCUCGCACUGCCAGGCUCUCCAUCAAGGGUUGGUUUCUACGGCAGGGCCUGUUGGACACCAGCCUCACAGCAUCGGUGGCCACGCUCCUGGCCAUUGCUGUGGAGAGGCACCGAAGUGUCAUGGCCGUGCAGCUGCACAGCCGCCUGCCACGGGGCCGGGUGGUCACACUCAUCGUGGGUGUGUGGGUGGCGGCACUGGGCCUGGGACUGCUGCCUGCACACUUCUGGCACUGUCUCUGUAACUUGGACCGCUGCUCACGCAUGGUGCCCCUGUUCAGCCGUUCCUAUCUGGCCGUGUGGGCCCUGUCUAGCCUGCUUGUCUUUGUGCUCAUGGUAGCCGUCUACAUCCGAAUUUUCUUCUACGUGCGUAGACGGGUGCAGCGCAUGGCAGAGCAUGUCAGCUGUCACCCCCGCUACCGAGAGACCACCCUCAGCCUGGUCAAGACUGUUGUCAUCAUCCUGGGGGCGUUCGUGGUGUGCUGGACACCAGGCCAAGUGGUGCUGCUCCUGGAUGGUCUGGACUGUAAGUCCUGCAAUGUCCUGGCUGUGGAGAAGUAUUUCCUGCUCCUGGCCGAGGCCAACUCACUGGUCAAUGCCGUGGUAUACUCCUGUCGAGAUGCUGAGAUGCGCCACACCUUCCGCCGCCUCCUCUGCUGCAUGUGCCUCGGCUGGUCCACCCACAAGUCUUCCCAUUACUCCUCUGCCCGGACGGGUGCCAGCACCCGCAUCAUGCUUCCUGAAAAUGGCCACCCGCUGAUGGACUCCACCCUUUAGCAACUUGAGCUGUGGUAUGGUCCCCAGCACUCUCAACGCCCACAGCUCUGGCUGCCACAGGAUGCAGGGAUUUGGGGUUGUCUCCAUGCACCUGGGAGAACAGCCAAUGGAACACAGAAAUCUGGCUCUCGCUCAUCUCAGGUUUUAGGGUUUUUUAGACAAACAUUUUGUAUGUUUACUAUACAUCUCUGGUAUGUCCUGUGGACUGCCUCUACGUGGUGCUGUGAGUAUUCAGGGUGGAAGAGGUGAGAGCUAUUCCAGGCCAUGCUGCCCAUUGUGACAGGGUGGACUAUGGGCACACUGUCUUCCUGAGGUUAGUUUGUUUUUGUUUUUUUUGAGACAGGGUCUCAUGUACCCCAGGCUAGCCUUGUACUCACUAUGUAGCUGAGGACAGCCUUGAACUCUUGAUCCUCCUGCUUCCACCUCCCAAGAGCUGGUACUGAGACUGAUUCCUUAGGAGUGCUGAGCAGCCUCUGAGGGCUGGCCUGUCUCCACUAAUAUGGAAGAGGCUGCAUGAUACAGGGCCAGUCUUUUCCCUCUGAGGUCACCUGAGACAAUUAACGCAGUCUGUCAUUGUGUACUAGAAUUGUCUUGGCUUGAAAUCUAUUCAACAUGGAAUAGGUUUUAAUUCCUCACUCUCUCGCUCUCUCUUUUUUUGGGUUUUUUUUUUUUUUUUUUUGAGACAGGGUCUCAUGUGACUCAGGCUAGCCUUAAACUUGUGACAUGGACUAUUUUGACCUUAAACUCCUUAUCCUUCUGCCUCCACCUCCUAUGUGCUAUGUGCUGGCUUUAGAAGUGUACACUACCAUCCCCAGCUUCUGUCUCUUAUUGAAGUCUUGCAUCUUUUUCCUUCUGCCUCUGUCCUCUUCUCAACUGUCCCCUGCCUGUCUCCUUCUUCAAGAACCUGGAAUGAUUUCUGAUCUGUGUGAGCCUCUUCCUCCUGCCUGACACUUUUUUUUUUUUGACCCAGGGUCUUAUAUUAUGUAAUUCAGUCUGUCCUGGAACUAUGUACCCCAGGCUGAUCUCAAACUGUCAAUCAUUUUCCUGAGUGCAGAGAUGACAGGCCUGAGGUUACACAGCUUGGAAAAGGCCCAGACAUGCCUGGUGGGACUAGAAUUAUCUCUGAGGAAGGGGCUUUGUCAUCUUAUAGAACCUGGACAAGUUCACCUGAACUUUUCCCUUCUCAGCCCCACAAGGCCUCACAUGUGCUGUGUUCUUGAUGAGCUCCCUCUCUGCCCAGAGAAGCCCCUGGCAGGCAGCAUGGGCCAUGAACUUAGUUUCCUGCUCCAUUUCACCAGAGAGGAGUCAGGAUUAUGUCUUCACUUCCAGAUUCACGUGCUGAGUAACAGCAGGAAUUUGAACCUCUGCCUUAUCUAAGGCCAAAUUCUUAAACCAUUAAAGCAUCUGUUUCUAGAGAACUGAAAAUAUCACUGUCUUUCUACAGUAAAUGUUCUUACUUUUCACAUUGCUGGUGGUUGAACCCUGGGCUUUACACAUGCUAGGCAAGUACCCCACCACCUUUUACAUUCAAUGAACCUAGGUUUCUCAAAGGGAGAGCUGUCCCCUCCUCCCUGAGGAAGCAAGACUGAACUAAGGGGUGAAUACUUCUUGAACGUCCAGUGUGGGCAGCAUGGCUCCUAGAGCCAGAGUCUCCAGAGGUGCUGACCCAGGAGCUCUUCCAGGCAGGUGCCCAUGAAGGAUACAAGUCCCCACCUCUGUGGAGCUCUAGACCUGUUGGACACGUGUCACUUUGAGUGUUGAGGCAACCAGCCAAAUCCU